CAACAGUUGUUCAGUUAAUCUUUUUGCUUUCAGUAGAACACAUUUUGAAUCCGCGACGGAAGUACUUUAGUGAGCAAGGUCACAGUGAUAAGCCAUUUCUAAUCCGUUAAAACAAGACAAUGUGGUUCAAACUUGGUGCCCUGCUGCUUUUGGCAGCAUUGGCCAAAGCCCAAAAUACCACCGAUGGACCACGAGUCCUAUGCUACUACGAUGGUUCCGCUGCGUUGCGUGAAGGUCUCGGUAAAACGAUCGUUUCGGAUAUUGAGCUUGCAUUGCCUUUCUGCACACAUCUCAUCUACGGAUUCGCAGGAUUGAAUCCGGAAACCUUUAAGGUCCGUGCGUUGGAUGCCAGUCUUGAUUUAGACUCGGGCAAGGGUCAGUAUCGACAGGUUACCUCGCUGAAGCAACGCUUCCCACGCUUAAAGAUCCUGCUCAGUGUCGGCGGUUACAAAGAUCUUACCGAGGAGAAACCCUUUGAAAAGUAUCUUGCCCUGCUCGAAAGCGGCGGAAGCCGCACGUCAUUCGUCAACUCCGUUUAUUCUCUGCUGAAGACAUACAGCUUCGAUGGAUUGGACCUGGCGUGGCAGUUCCCUCAGAGUAAGCCAAAACGAAUUCGUGGCUGGACCGGAAAACUGUGGCACGGCUUCAAGAAACUGUUUACCGGUGAUAGUGUGCUGGACCCGAAGGCUGAUGAGCAUAAGGAGGAGUUUUCGGCUUUAGUGCGGGAUCUGAAGAAUGCAUUUAAACACGAUAAUUUCCAGCUGGGGUUGACAGUGCUGCCGCAUGUCAACGAAAGUAUCUUCCUGGAUGUGCUGCUGUUGAAAGAUAACCUGGAGUACAUCCAUCUGGGCACGUUUGACCAACAGACCCCGGAAAGAAAUCCCAAGGAAGCGGAUUUCACUGCCCCCAUCUACGAGCCAAGUGAACGUAUCGUUGGAAAUAAUAUUGAUGCAAAGGUGACCUACUGGCUAAAUAAAGGAGCUCCGGCUAGUAAAAUCGUUAUCGGAAUUCCCUCCUACGGCCGCGGUUGGAUAUUAAAGGAAGAAUCCGGAAUCACGGGAGUGCCACCAUUGCCAGCCGAUGGACCUGCUGCCCCGGGACCACAAAGUGGAGUUCCCGGGUUGUACAGCUGGGCUGAGGUUUGCGCUAAACUGCCGAAUCCGGGCAAUGCUAAUCAGAGGGGAGCUGACUUGCCACUGCGAAAGAUUGGUGAUCCUACCAGAAGGUUCGGAGUUUAUGCGUAUCGCGUUCCUGAUGAAAAUGAAGAACAUGGGCUGUGGAUUUCGUAUGAAGAUCCGGACACGGCCGGAAAUAAGGCGGCCUACGUAAAGGCGAAAGGGCUGGGAGGAAUUUCAAUUUUCGACUUGGGUAACGACGAUUUCCGGGGAAGCUGUGCCGGUGAUAAAUUCCCUAUUCUAAGGGCUGCCAAGUAUCGAUUGUAAACUGUUCAAGGUCCAUAAGCGGGUGUCCAUUCCGACGAAAUAUGAAGAAAUGGAAUACUAUAUAGAUGAUGUUUCAAUUUACAUCGUCGUACUGCUGUUUGAAACAUGACACGUUUCUGAUUAAAUAUUUAUCAAUACCAAAUACACAGUCUGUUUAUCGCAAGAGA